GCAUUUCAUCGAGACACUUCCCAAACGUUUUAUACCAACCUCCAUCAGUCCAGCUCCCUACACCAUCACUUUCCCCAAAGACGCCAUGACAGAAAAUGGCCACCAGAUGCAGUUAUCCAGCAACAACCCCUCCGCCACCCGCCGCCACAAACCCUCCAGGGGUGGCUGGAACGCCGCCAUUUUCGUCAUCUUUGUAGAGAUAGCAGAGAGAUUUGCUUUCUAUGGCGUGUCUGGCAACCUCAUCAUGUAUCUUAAGGAUCUCCACCAGGCCACAGCCACGGCGGCAAAGAACGUAAACAUGUGGAUCGGCGUGUCGUCACUCUUCCCUUUAGUUGGCGCUGUGGUGGCCGACUCCUACCUCGGCCGCUUCGUGACCAUCAUUUUCUCCUCCUCCAUUUAUUUGAUGGGAAUGCUUCUACUAUGCUUAUCUGUCUCCGUUAUUCCUCGGCACUAUCGCGAAGCAGUGUUCUUCGUUGCUCUGUACAUUUUAGCAGUUGGCGAAGGCGGGCACAAGCCUUGUGUCCAAACCUUCGCCGCAGAUCAGUUCGAUGAGGACUCGGACGAGGAGAAAAAGGCUAAGAGCUCAUUCUUCAACUGGUGGUAUUUAGCGAUAGUCGUUGCUGCCACCGUUGCCACACUUGUGGUGAUCUACAUUCAGGACAACGUGAGCUGGGUUGUAGGCUUUGGCAUUUUAACCGUGGUUGUGGCAGCAGGCCUGUUAUUAUUUUUACUUGGAAUCAAGAGGUACCGGAGGCAAGCUCCUCUCGGAAGCCCCUUUACCGCGGUGGCACAAGUGUUUGUGGCGGCGGCACGGAAGUGGCGCGUGAAGGAGACGCCUGAUUGGGAUGUGUAUUGUGGGGAUGAUGAGAGGAGUGGUGGGAGUAAUAUGGAGGUUCGUAAACUCAAGCGUAGGACUUUGGCUCGGACAAAACAAUUCAGGUUUUUGGACAAGGCAAUGAUCAUUGACAACCUUGAUGCAUCAAGCAACGUUAGGAACCCUUGGAGACUAUGCUCUCUAAAACAAGUGGAAGAUGUGAAGCUGGUCCUGCGUCUUAUUCCCAUAUGGUUGAGUUGCUUAAUGUUCAAUGCAGUUCAAUCCCAGCUCCACACCUACUAUACCAAGCAAGGUUCAACGAUGAUUCGCUCAAUCGGACCCCAUUUUCAGCUUCCUCCAGCAUCCCUCGGAGCCCUCGUUGGCCUCGUAAUCUUAAUCACCGUGCCAAUGUAUGACCGGAUUUUCGUCCCAAUAGCCAGAAAGUUCACGGGACAUCACUCAGGCAUAACCGUGCUGCAAAGAAUCGGCUUUGGCCUAUUCCUGUCCAUACUCAACAUGGUUGUGUCAGCCCUAGUGGAAGCCAAAAGGGUUAGUGUUGCUAAACAACAUGGGAUCAUUGACAACCCUAAAGCAGUAGUGCCAAUGAGAAUGUGGUGGCUGCUCCCACAAUACUUCUUCUGUGGUUUAUCAGACACAUUCACAAUUGUAGGACUCCAGGAAUUGUUCUACGACCAAAUGCCGGAGGCGAUGAGAAGUUUUGGAGCAGCUGCAUAUUUAAGUAUAAUAGGAGUUGGAAGCUUCAUAAGCAGUGCUGUUAUAUCUGUGGUACAGGCUAUUAGCUCCAAGGCCGGUGAAGAAUGGUUAGGUGACAAUCUCAACCGCGCACACCUCGAUUACUUCUACUGGGUACUUGCAGGAUUGAGUGCUUUGAGUUUGUGUGUUUACGUCUUGUUUGCAAUGAGUUUUGUGUACAAAAUUGUUCAAGGGAAAGACUCAGCCGGGGAGACAGAGGCAAGCACUAGGGUUGGAGAGGCAUGAAAGGCUUGGUUUGAAUUACUUUAGUGAAAAGAGAAAAUUAUAGUAGUGAUACUUGUACUAAAUCUACUAGCUGAGUGUGCAACUAUAAUACAUUCUCUAGCAAAAAUUAUGUGCAUUAAUGAUGGAAUAAGAUCCACUUCUAAUC